AUGGCUGCUCCUCCAGAAGUCACCAUCAAGAACCUAGCGGGUGAUUGGGUCAUGGCAAGUAUCAAUACUCCUACUCCAUGACAUCUCAAAAGCUAACAAUCAUAGAACAAAACCCUCUCCGAUGAUCUCGAUGAGGUUCUGGCUCUCCAGGGUGUAGGUUGGCUCCUCCGAAGAGCCAUUGGCCUCGCAACCGUCACGCUCCAUGUCAAACAAUACACAGAUGACGCCGGUGUCACCCAUGUCGACAUUGACCAAACAGCUACCGGUGGAAUCAAAGGCACUUCGGAGACCCGCACGUUAGAUUGGACCUUCCGUCCCCACGAGGAUUACUUAUUUGGCAAGAUUGAGGGGAAAGCAAGAUGGGUGACUUUGAGCGAGGCGGGAGAUGAUUUUCAAAAGCAGGGUUUCCUCGAAACAGACGAGGAGUGUGGUGGCCCGGACGGACAAAGGCAUGUCGAGGCCUAUGCCAAUAACAAGGAUAAGAAGUGGGAUGCGGAUCAGAUCUGGGGUUUUGAGAUGAUUGAUGGCGCGAGGUAUUAUACGAGGAGAGUCGUGGUGAAGAAGACGCAUGGCAGCAAUAAGAUCUUGAAGAUAAGAUUGGUUUACAAUUGGGCUGGGAAGUCGGCAUGA